AUGGCAUCUGGAAUCUUGCGAACGCCGAGAGUAAUAAAUGUUCAGCCAACUAAAAAACAUACAGCUAGUUUAUUUAUUUUCCAUGGAUCUGGAAGCACUGGAAAAGAUCUGAGCAACGUGUGGUUUGACCGCAACGACGUUAAUAUUAAAGCUCCCGAAAAUAAGGAGUCGAUCGAUGCAAUCGCUAAAACGGCGACUGAACUUAUAGACAGCGAAAUAAAAGACGGGAUUUCUGAAGACCGAAUCGUCGUCAGCGGGUUCUCGAUGGGUGGUGCUAUGGCAAUGUACCUCGCUUAUAAUUAUCGCCCGUCGUUAGCUAGCUGUGUUACUAUGUCCUCUUUUCUCAAUGAUAAUUCUCUAGUUUAUGAGACUUUGAAGAACAACAUCAAAACACCGCCUCUACUACAAUUUCAUGGGCUGAAUGAUUCUUUGGUACCUUUUGCAUGGGGAGAGAAAACUCAUGAGAAUUUAAAAAAAUUAAAUGUUAAUACUAAAUUAGUACCAAUUCCUAAUAUUGAACAUGAAAUAGUUCAAUCAGAAAUCCAUCAAUUUAAAGAAUGGGUUUUAAAUAUUCUUCCUGAUGUGUAA